AUGGACAUCCAAAAAAUUUGCAAUUUAGAAUUAACUCACGGAAAGGGUCUCACCAUCGAGUUGGAGGACAAGCAUCAUUCAAGCGAUGACGAUUCGGAAUCUGAAAUUGAUUCCGACAAUGAUAAUGGCAAAGCGAUCUCGGAAACGUUGGAAACGGAAAAACCUGAUUUCGACAAUGAUAUUGGUAAUGGAAAGCAGACCACCGGAACAUCAGAAAUGAAGAGAAAACCUGAAAUCAGGGAAGAUGAUGAUGAAACAGCGAAUAAAUCAGCAUCUGAUGAAUCUAAAUCAGAAAACAAGACCUUGACUACGCAACCUGAAAAUAAUGAGCCCUCGGAGCAAAAUGAAAAGAACGAAGUAGUUGUUGAUAAUGCGAAAAGAAAAGCUAAUUCAAAUCCAAACAAGCAGAAGGCACCCAAAAAGAGAAAGAAGAACUUGAAGCCAAUAACAUGA